AGUUAAACUAAAAAGUCAUAACACUUGCGGAUAAUUAAUUAACUUAACUCUAAAACAAUUAUUUAAUUAUAAACUUGAAACAAUGGCUGCUGUCAUAGAAUUAUCCGCAAAUGAUGUUCAGGGUUUGUGUCGCCGCUAUUUUAAGGAUUAUGCCGCCAACGAUAAAGAACAACAGCAAGCGGCACAUAUCAAUAACUUUGAGGUGAACUAUUAUAAACUGAAACCCAUAUCAGAUGAUCCUGCUGGCUUUUUAGGCAAUCAUCGUUAUUUAAUAGUGGAAAUCUCUAAGAAAAAUGUUGACAAUCAAGAUUGCGUGGAAAAGUUGAGAUUCUUUACAAAAUCUGCUCCUAUGGAAAUUGCCUCACGCAUGGAGUAUAUGGAAGAAUUUGGUGUUUUCAAAAAGGAAAUAGCUGUCUAUCGUGAUGUCUUGCCCAGACUACAGGAGGUUUUUGAGGGCAUUGCACCCAAGUGUUAUUAUGCUGAUAACAAUUGGUUGGUAUUUGAGGAUUUGCAUCAGCAAGGCUAUAAAAUGGGUUCUGGCCGGGAUGGUCUCUAUGAUGCGGAACAUUUAAAAUGUGCUGUUAAGAAUUUAGCCGCUUUACAUGCUGCCUCGAUAGUGUUUGAGGUAAAACAUAAGAAAAAAUUCGAUGAACUACAUCCAUUGGCUGUUUCCGAGAAUGCCUAUCCUAAGGACUGUUCUCCUCAGCAUGUUCGAUAUCAAAAUUUCAGUAACGCUGUAGGAGUAUUUAAGGAAUUGAUUAAACUCAUGCCUAAAUAUCAGGAUAAGCUAGACUAUAUACUCAAUAAUAUACACGAUAAAAUGGCGGUUAUUUUUAAACUAGUGCAAACUUCUCAGAAAUAUAAAAAUGUCUUUUCCCAUGGUGAUCUUUGGGCCAAUAACAUUAUGUUCCAGUAUAGUAAAUAUGGCGAUAUACCCACACACUGCCGUUUUGUAGACUUCCAAUUGGCACGUUAUGCUCCGCCUAUGAUCGAUUUAAUUACCGUUCUAACCAUACCCACUACCAGAGAAUUCCGCUCGAAAUAUCUAAUGGAAUUUGUAGCCGACUAUUAUCGUUUUAUGAGCGAAUUCUUAAAACGUGAAGAGUUGAAUAUAAAUGAUUUCCUCACCGAAGAAGAACUAUAUGCUUCAUUGAAGGAGUUCCGUAUUUCCGGCAUUAUUGAAUCUUGCUUAUUCUCUCAUUUAACCAUAUUACCAUCGGAACUAACACAGAGUCUAACCACCUCUACAGAUGGUUUUAGUGAUUUCUUCGAUCGUAAGCGUAUUGAAAUAUGUUUGAAGGCCUUCCAAACGGAUGAAAUCUAUAGGACCAGAUUGACCGAUAUGUUGGAAGAUUUAGUUGAUAAUUUUAUUUUAGUUAAGUAACUAUUUAAGAUAAUAAUGAUAAAAAUAAAAGUAUAUAUUAUAACUCCAUAUAAAUACAAUAAAUUAAA